AUGAGGAGUGCAAUUGUCGCCUGUUUGCUCUUUGCCACUCAUUUACAUGCAGAGACCACACUAUCCACUCCACUUCUAAACAUCGAGGAAGAGCUCGCCAACAUCUCCACUACCUGCUUGUCAUAUCCAGAGCAAGAGGAAAUUGCUGGUUACACACUAGGCUAUAGGAUGGCAAAGAUAUUAAACGUAUACUUGAUUAGUGAAGCACAUUUUCUUAUUGGUAGGACAGAACUGCGUGCGGCGCUAGGAAUGCCACCACGUGGACCAUGGAAACGUGCAAGGAUUCUGAAGGAAGAAGAGAUUCUGGCGGCACCGACGAUCGAAGAAUACUAUGAGAGACGGGAGGAGAGUUCUAGUUUUCUGAAUCUCGAUAGCGGGUUCUUCUUGGAGAAAAACUUCCCGCCGGCCAUCGCGUUUUUGGAUAAAAGAUUUCCGGCGAUUCGAGGAAUCUAUCGACAGGAAUUCCGGAAUGCAAAGAAGAACGUGGAUAGAGAAGAGGUGGAUUCAAUGGUUCACAAGUUUCGGGACGUUGCCAUUCGUAUCCACAAGGCAGUCAGCAAGAUGCAAGAUGAAACUACUCUUUGCUGGUACAAUAAUGAGAAAGAGGUAGCUAAUUUGGAAUAG